UGUCUCCCAAGGCUGUCACUCUUUUGUCUAUAUUGACCUCGACGGAACGGCGUACAUACACCCAAAUCACCUUUCUUUCCACAUCACCUGAUCGUCCAGUCCAAUCGCAGUCGAUCUGCCUGUUGUUGGACGCAUUUUCUCCAUCCAUUUCAUUCUUUACUCGGUCGGAUAGCUUCCCGGAGAAGUCAUUUUCUCGAUCGAACGCAGUUGACCUGUGAAAACUCCUCUCGCAAACCAACCAUCACUCCAACCAGUAACCACCAUGCGGUCUUCUUUGCUGAUGGGUGCUCUUUGCGCCGCCGGCGCCAUGGCCAACCCUCUCGAGAAGCGGGCCUACACUACGGACUGGACCAUCGUCACUGUGACCACGACGAUCACCGCACCUGCGGCCCCGGCUCCUACGACUUCCUCUUCGACAUAUGUUCCCGUCCAAGAACCCGUCGCAAGUGUGGAGCCUGUUGAGCCUGCACCGGCACCGGUGGAACAGAGCUCGACCGGAGUCUUUGUCGAACUCCCUACUUCUUCCGCCCCUGCGCCUGUGGAGCCCACCACCGCGGUGCAGCCAACAACCACUGCUGCUGCGGCCGACUCUGGAUCUGCCUGGACCUCCGCGUGGACCUCCGCGUGGACAUCGUCCUGGACCUCUUCAGCUUCCCAGCCAACCACCCUGGCUAGCACCACCUCCAGUGCCAGCGGCGCUACUCCCACGAAUGGUUACCAGGGAACCGUCUUGUACAACCACAACGUUCACCGUAGCAACCACUCCGCCAGCUCUCUGGAGUGGGACAGCUCCUUGGAAGCUAGCGCCCAGACCCUCGCCGCUAGAUGCGUCUACCAGCAUGAUACCUCCAUUAAUGGCGGUGGCUAUGGCCAGAACAUUGGAUAUGGUGUCUCCUCGGACAAGAUUGGAGAGAUGAUCACCAACCUGAUGUACAACAACGAGAUGGGAUACUUCGAGAGCCUGUACGGCGAGGCCAACCCCAGUAUGGCCAACUUCGAUGCUUGGGGUCACUUCUCCCAGAUUGUGUGGAAGGGUACCACCCACGUUGGUUGCGCUACCGUGACCUGCAACAGUCUUGGUAACGUUGAUUCGUCUGUGGCGGUUCCCUUCACCGUUUGCAACUACAGUCCGGCCGGAAACUAUGCCGGCGAGUAUGCCGACAAUGUCCUUCGUCCCCUUGGACAGGCCAUGUAUGUCGCUUAGAUUUCGAGAGUUGUUUUCGCUUCGACUGUGACGGGAGAUCAGUCUGUGCACGCAGCGGCAAGGAUUCCGAUCCAGGGUAAUGAUUGAAUUGCUGGGGUCGGGGAUGCACCCGGGAACCGUUCGGUGGCCAGAUUAGAUGAACUUGGCCAAAUCAAUCGUGCACAGAUUCUCUCCUGUAUCGACCGUCCGCGAGAUGUGAAACUAUGAAACUCACCAAUGGAGAUACGCCUGACAAUUGUCAGCUUCUUGCUUUUAUUUGAACUUUUUUCCUGUCUCCUUCGGUUUUCCUUCGAGACCGCCUCGCGCUUGCCUGCCCCAACUCGCCAACCUCAUGCUCGUAUCCGUCAUCGGAGUCUAGCCAUCAGGUUGGUACCGAGGUGCAGGCCAUGCGAUGUGGAAUUUUUGAUUUGCCUUCUCUGUGAAUAUUGAUUUUGCCCCGUCAUGGUACACCAAUGGCAACAUUUGAAUCAUUUGAUUCUUCAUCUUUUUUCGCUUCUCCGUUUGUGCUUUCAUGUGUUCAUAUAAGCGUCUUGGCGGAGCAUUUUUGAUGACCAAAAACUAAAUGAU